GCGUCGGACAUGAAGGAGGCGGGUCCGCGCAAGCGCACUGGCUCGGAAGUGAUGGCGGCAGCCGAGCGGGCGUGGGGAGCAGCGGUCGGUGUAGCCCGGCUGUGCAGGCGGUUCUGUCACGUGGUGGCUCCACACACCUGUAAGAAACAACCUCUGCAUCAAUAUGUACAGAGACCACUUUUCCCGAUUCGUGCACCCUUGUGUAACACAGUACGAUUCAUGUUUAUUCAAACACAAGACACCCCAAAUCCCAACAGCCUAAAGUUUAUACCAGGAAAGCCGGUUCUUGAGACGAGGACCAUGGACUUCCCCACACCAGCUGCGGCUUUCCGUUCCCCUCUGGCCAGGUACUGUUUCUGCUGGCUUUUACCAGGAAGCAAAGCAGCCCUCUGUGGUUUAGGCAGCCUUGCAGAGCUG